ACAUGAGGAAGAAGGAAAUCGUAAUGGUUAUACAAAUGGUCACUGGAAAGCCCAUCAGGGAAAACAGAGGAGUGGUAGGCAAGUGCCAAACCGACUCAAAGACGACACCAUGACCAGGUCAACUAAAGUAAAAAUGUUUGCAGUGACGGAGGGCAAACAUGCCAAAUUUCGCUGCUUUGUGACUGGUAAACCCAAACCAGAAAUAAUUUGGAGGAAAGACGGCAGGCUGAUACUGUCUGGAAGGCGUUAUUUGUUAUACGAGGACAGAGAAGGAUACUUCACACUUAAAGUUCUGUACUGUAAGCAGAAGGAUAAUGGAGUUUAUGUUUGUGCUGCAUCAAAUACUGCAGGACAAACCAUCAGUGCCGUACACCUCUCCGUAAAGGAGCCGCCUGUGCGGUUCAAGCAGCCUCUCAUUGAUCUAGAAGUAUGGGAACGAGAUUUGGCUGUUCUUGAGUGUGAAGUUCCAGAGGACUCUGUUCCCAUCACAUGGUAUCUGGAGGAUAGACGACUGCAGCCAGGGGCCAAAUAUGGAAUGGAGGAGUGGGGGACAAAAAGAAGACUAACUAUCCGUGACAUCGGAGUAGACGAUGAUGGGAUUUACCUCUGUGAGAUGGCCGAUGGGGGGAGAAGCAUUGCAGAGGUAGCUGUAAAAGGUACAAUUUUGCGGAAGCUCCCAAGAAAAGUGGAUGUCUUGGAAGGCGAAAAUGCUGCCUUUUGUGUUGAAGUGGAAAAAGAAGAGAUGGACAUACACUGGUACAAAGAUGGCAUAGAGCUCCGUGAAACCCAUCAGACUAUUCUCAAGUCCUUUGGUCGGACUCACAUUCUGGUUUUCGUCAAUACGAUGCCCCAGGACUCUGGCCUUGUGACUUUCCUUGUAGGCAGAUCCAAGACUUCCUCUCAGUUAAGAGUGAAAGCGGCCAGACAUUGUCCUCCAAGUUGUCCAGUGGGUGUGCAGAUCAACACAGAGCGUGCAAAUGCUGCUCUUCUGUCAUGGGUUCCUGCUCAGGACUCACGAAAGAACCCUCCAUCUGGAUAUGUUCUUGAGCGACAGGAAGUGGGUACGGGCUCACAGGAGUGGCUACAGUGUCUGACCACUGACUCUGCAACCUCUGUGGAGAUCCUUGGUGACAGUGUACCAUGUGAGGCCGAUUAUCGAUUUCGCAUUUGCAGUGUAAACAAAUAUGGAAAGAGCAACAAUGUCGAGUUCCCCAGAGCUGUUCACUUGGUUCCAGUGGCCAGAAUACAAGCUCCCUUACAGGAUGCCUUGGUGCCUGAGGGACAAGAUGCAAUCUUCUCUAUUGAGCUCUCUGCUUCAGUUAUUGGUACAUGGUUCUUAAAUGGUACACAGCUUCAGGAGGAUGAACGUUUUUCCAUGCGUCGGUCAAGAACACACCAAUCUCUUCGCAUUCGAGGAGUCCGCGAUACAGAUAAUGGAGCUGAGAUUACAUUUAUUGCAUACGGUAUCCGAGAUUCUGCAGCACUGUACAUUCAAGCUCCUCUUGUCAAGUUUUCACCACUGUCAGAAAUGGAUCGAAACAAAUUUGUAGAAAUUGGGAACCCCAUUGUGCUCUACUGUGAGCUGUCAGACCCUUCAGCUCCAGUUCACUGGUACAAGAAUGGAGUGGAAUUACAAACAAUCGACGGUCUUCAUAUCCAAUCAGAGGGCACCAUGAGAAGAAUUGUCAUCCAAUCAGCAGAGUUCUCACAUUCAGGAGUGUAUUGCUGUGAUGCCAUAGAUGACGUCAUCAGGUUCAAUGUGGAAGUAGAGGCUCCACCUGUGAAGUUCUCAGCAAUUCCUGAAGAAAUGAGGACCAAGUCGAUCAAAGCAGGCUGCCCUAUUGUACUCCAGUGUGUGGUGUCGGAUCCUGAGGCCCAGGUUUGCUGGCACAAGGAUGAAAUGAAGCUCAUUUCAAACUCUGCAAUAGAAAUCCACUCAGAGGGCAACACAAGGACAUUAGUUGUUCAGUCUGCAGAGCUGGGCCACUCUGGUGUGUACAGAUGCACCACACAGGACGAUACCAUGGAGUUUCAAGUGGAGAUCAAAGCUCCGACGUUGCCGUUAUCGCCCUCACCAGACGUUGUGGAGAUGCAGUCACUUGAGGCGACCUGCCCCACUACACCAACAUGUGAAACCUCAGACCCUGCUGUCCAGGUGUCAUUGCAGAGGGAUAAAGAACACGAUUCUAAUAGAAAACCUGAUUUUGAAAUGGGAGGCAUCAAGAAGACCCUUGUUAUUGAACCAACUCAUCCUUCAAACUCUGGAGCAUACUAUUGUGCAACGGCAGAUGAUGUUGCCCAAUUAAUAGCAAAAAAUCAAGUGCGACCUACGACAUAUCUGCUUGGUCCUGAUGAUGAGAAGACCAAGUCUGCUGAAGAGCACUGCCCAAUUGUUCAGCAGUUUGAAAUUUCAGAUCCCAUUGCCAAAGCUUGUUGGUACAAAGAUGGAACCCAGAUUUACCCAAAAAGGGAAGCUGACUGUGAAUCACAGAGCAGCUGCCAAGCCUUGCCCCUCAAGUCAGAUGACUUGUCUGGUGAUGAGACGUUUGGCUGUGGAACAUCUGGUGAUGCACACUUAAAUGUGGACAUGAAAGCAGAGCAGUGUCACUAUGCUGAUGAGAUUGGUGAGAUAGCUGAUGCAUCUGCCCAAUACACUGUGGAUGUCAAAGCUCUGCCUGUGACAAUUACAACACUUUGCGAGCCUGAGAGGAACAAGGAUGUUGAAGUUGGCGAACCCAUAGUACUGCGAUGUGAGAUAUCAGAUCCUAACGCUCAAGUUACUUGGUACAAGGAUGGAGUAAAACUACGUGGAGCAGCUGGGCAAGACAUGGUGGCAGAGGGUUCCAUAAGAACACUGGCUUUCCAAUCAGCGAUGCUGUCUCAUGCAGGGACUUACAGCUGUGAGACAACAGAUGAUGCAAUGCAGUUUCAUGUGGAUGUAAAAGCCCCACUUCUGAAGUUUUCAGCUAUAUCUGAAGUUGACCAGAAAAAGACAGUCAUGGCGGGCUGUCCUAUUGCUCUACAAUGUGAGCUGUCAGACCCCACUGGGAAAGUCAGUUGGUACAAAGAUGGAACAAAGCUCCUACCUCAAAGCGGAGUAGACUUCCAGUCAGAGGGAAAUUUGAGGAGUAUAGUUGUCCCAUCAGCAGAGCAGGCUCACACUGUCGUAUAUCAUUGUGAGUCAAAGGAUGAUGACAUCCGGUUUGCUGUGGAAGUAAAAGCACUACCUGUGAAGUUCUCAGAGCUUCAGGAGACUGACAGAAACAAAUCCGUCCAAGAAGGCACUCCCAUUGUCCUCAGCUGUGAACUCUCUCAUGAUCCCUCUGCUCAUGUUGACUGGUACAAGGAUGGGAUGGAACUUCUACCGCAAAACAAUGUAGAAAUACAGUCAGAUGGUUUAACAAGGAUGCUACUCAUCUAUUCAGCUGAAAAAAUACAUGGUGGCACCUAUGAAUGUUCAACAUCCGAUGACACCGUAACAUUUAAAGUGGAUGUAAAAGGCCGAUCGCCACAGAUCAUGCCAAUCCCCUUGUCAGAAAAUCACAGGAUGGUUGCACUUGGUUGUCCAAUUAUUCUCCAGUGUGAGGUCUCAGACCCUGUUGCCCAGGUUUCCUGGUUUAAAGAUGGGGUGGAGCUUUUUUGCAAAACGGGCCUUGAUAUGAAAAGAGACGGCAGCUUCAGAAAAUUAAUGAUUCAUUCUGCCAAGGUCUCUGACUCUGGCCUCUACAGCUGUAGCCUCACUGAUCAUUUUGUGACAUUCCAUGUGGACGUCAUAGCUACUCCUGUGCGCUUUUCGGCACUUCCAGAGGUUGCAAGAAACAAAUUUGUUGAGGCAGGCUGCCCAAUUAAGCUGCAAUGUGAAGUCUCAGAACCAAAUGCCCAAGUCCAUUGGCAGAAGGAUGGAGAAAAGCUACUUCCGAAGAGUGAAUAUGAAAUCCAAAGCGAAGAAAAACUGAGAGCACUGGUUAUUCAGUCAGCAGAAGUCAGACACUCUGGGGUGUACAGCUGUGAGGCUGCAGAUGACCAUAUAGAAUUCAAGGUGGAUGUUGCAGCUGUUCCAGAGGCUGAGGGGAACAAGUCUGUUGAAGCACGCAGCCUGAUCAAACUGCAGUGUGAGAUCUCAGACCCUGCAAGCCAGACCUGCUGGUAUGAGGAUGGAAUAAAAGAAUUGCCAAAAUCGGGAAUAAACAUCAAUUCAGAGGAUAAUAAGAGGACACUGGUUAUGAAGUCGGCAACAUCGUCAGACUCUGAGGUGUACAGUCGUAAAACUGAUGAUUCAGAUUUCAACGAUUUCUAUGUGGAGGUGAAAGCACCAACGGUAAAAUUUGCUGAUAUCCCAGAGGACGACCUUUUCAAGAGUGUUGUGGAAAAAGAACAGCUUGUUCUGUCAUGCGAGGUAUCAAGGAUUGAUGGUGUUGUCCAGUGGUAUAAAGAUGGAACUGAAAUGCAAUCAAGUAAUAAUAUUACAAUGCAAGCAGAGGGGACCAAAAGAAAUCUGACUGUACAUUCAGCUCAACUGUCUGACACAGGCACUUACACAUGCCGUGCAGGAGACAACGUUUUAAUCUUCAAGGUUAACAUACGAGAACCUCCAGUGAUGAUAACCUACCCUAAGGAGGAUGUCCACCUUGACCGUCACGUCCCUGAUGAAAUUAUUCUGAGCUGUGAAUUGUCUCGUCCCAAUGGUGUUGUCAGCUGGUACAAAGAUGGCCAAAAGUUGCAAGAGAGUGAGAAGAUCAAGCAAAAGAUCGAAGGCCCUUAUCGACGACUGAAGAUUCUUUCUAGUGGAGUCGAAGAUUCUGGAGAAUAUGUCUGUGAUACAGCUGAUGAUUCAAUAUUCUUUCACCUUAGCAUUACAGAACCUCCAGUGCGAAUUGUAUCCCCAAGUCAGUCACAAAUGGAACUGUGCCAGCAAACCUCUGAGAGGAUGGUACUGAGCUGUGAGAUCUCACGGCCCAAUGCAGUGGUGCGCUGGUAUCGAGACGGACUUGAAGUGGAGGAGAAUGACAACCUUAUUCUAGAGGUGGAUGGUGUCUACAGAAGACUCAUUAUACCCGAAACUACGGUCAAAGAUUCAGCAGAAUAUGUAUGUGACACAGCAGAUGACUCCAUGACGUUCUUUGUAAACAUCGCAGAGCCUCCUGUUCGCUUCAUACGUCCAAGGAAGAUGGCAAGUAGAGUAGAGAAAGUGGCUGGGGAGACUCUGGUUCUAGACUGUGAAGUUUCAAGAUCAAAUGCUGAGGUCACCUGGAAGAAAAAUGGGGAAGAAGUAGAAGACUCCAUAAAUUUCACUAUCCUUGAGGAUGGUGUUAUGCGUCAAUUAACCAUUCACUCUCUAACAGUGGAAGAUGCUGGGCAAUAUGUCUGUGAUGCAAAGGACGAUGUAAUGGAUUUCCAUGUAAAAGUGCAAGAACCGCCUGUAAAAAUUCUUGGAAAAACUGAUGCAAAAACAGAAAAGCACUUCUUAGUGUCAGAUGACAUUAUUCUUGUGUGUGAACUCUCAAGAUCCAAUGUCUCAGUCAGUUGGUACAAAGAUAAUCAGCUAAUUGACAACACGGAAAGAUACUGUAGUGAAGAGCAAGGCGUUUUCCGAUCACUGGUUGUCCUAAAUGCUGGGCCGCAAGAUUCUGGAGAGUACACUUGUGAUGCAGUGGAUGAUAAGAUUGUCUUCUAUAUCACUGUCAAUGAGCCUCCAGUACAGAUCAUUGGAAACUCAGGAUACCCAGAGCAUCAUGUCCUGGUAGCAGGAGAUGACCUUAUUUUGGAAUGUGAGGUGUCUCGGCCAAAUGCCACUGUUCAGUGGUUAUGGAAUGGCAAGUUACUGAAACCAGAUACUCGUAUAAAAAUUGACAGCUAUGACGUCGUGAGAAAGCUUGUUCUCUCUGGACUUCAGACCUCAGACUCUGGAAAAUACAUCUGUGAUGCCAUCGAUGACAAAUUGAUAACAAUUGUUGAGGUGCAAGAACCACCAGCCAAAUUUGUGAAUAAAAAAGCAAGCAAUAACAUCUCAGCCCAUGAAAGUGAGAGUGUUACACUGUGUGCCAUUGUGAGCUGUGAAGUUGCUAAUGUUCGGUGGCUGAAAGAUGGCCAACUAUUGAACAAGGACAACAUUCACAUUUCCAGUGAGGGUAAUACCCACAAGCUCACCAUUAAUCCCCUGCAGCUGUCAGAUUCUGGAGAAUAUAUUUGUGACGUAAACACAGAUGAGAUGUAUUUCAGUCUUUUAGUGAAAGAAAUGAAGGUCAAAUUUAUCAGACCAUUGGAGAGUAUUGUGUCUCUGAAGGGCAGCAGCCUUACACUACGAUGUGAGAUCAACAAGCCCAAAGGAGACGUGCUGUGGCUAAAAGAUGGCAAGGAGAUCUGUCCAAGCCGUCGGCACACAAUACGGGCACAAGGUAGAGAUCGAAGCUGCACCAUCCACCAAGUGGUUGAAGAAGAUGCUGGAGAAUAUGUCUGUGAAUCCACAGAUGACAGGACCUCAGCUACUGUCAGUGUAGAAACUCCCCGUGCUGUUGAGUUCAUAGCGGAGCUUCGUGACAUCACAGUCUGUGAAGGAGAAGAUGCAGUAUUUAAGUGUGUGGUUUCACCAGAGGACGCUCAGUUAGUGUGGCGUUUAAAUGGCAAGCAAGUAGCUCUCAAUGAGCGGACUGUCAUUUCGAGCAAUGGGCUAUGCCACAUGCUCUGCAUCCACAACUGCAUGGUUUCAGAUAGCGCCAGAGUGACAGCUGAUGCAGAGGGGUUGGUAUCAGAGGCAGAACUCCAGGUUCAAGAGCAACAGGUGCGGUUCACCAAGAAAAUGACGCCAGUUGUCGCAGAGGAGUACAGUGAGGCGAUUCUAGAGGUGGAAGUGAGUCUGGAUUCGGGAGAGGUGCAGUGGAUGAGGCAAGGGGUGCUGAUCCAUCCUGAAGCCAAGUAUACCCUGAAACACAAGGGCCGAAGACACAGUCUCACCAUACACAAACUGACCAUGUCUGACCGGGGCACCUACAGCUGUGAAACCCUCCAUGACCGCACGCAAGCCCAGCUAACAGUGGAACCACGAAAAAUCACAAUCAAGAGGAAACUGACUGACAUUAAAACCACAGAAAGAGAAACAGCCUCUUUUGAGGUGGAGCUCUCACAUCUCAAUGUCCCAGGUACUUGGAUGAGAAACGGAAUCCAGCUUAAGCCGACAAAUCACUUCCGCAUGAGUGUCAAAGGACAAGUCCACAGCCUCACUAUCUCUAACCUAUCAGUAGAAGACACUGGCACCUUUAUGUUUUGUGUAGAGAAACUGAAGACAUCUGCAAGGCUUGUUGUGAAAGAGCCCCCAGUGACCAUUUUCAGAAAACUGGAGGACCAGAAAUUCUCUGAAGGAGCAGUAAUCUCUAUUGAGUGUGAGCUGUCAAGACACAAUGUCAUUGUAAAAUGGAUUAAGAAUGGGGUUGAGGUGAAGCCAGGCAAGAACUUACGCAUUUAUGCAAUGGGAAGAAAACGGUUUCUUCAGAUCAUGAAAUGUCAUGUCAGUGAUUCUGGCAUGUAUACCUGCGAUGCUGGAGAUUCUACUACGUCCUGCAAUGUGGAGGUCUAUGAGCGUGAGCUGUUGAUCCUGCAGGGACUCAAGGAUUUGGACAUCCAGGAAGAUCAGAAUGCUGUGUUUGUUUGUGAGAUCUCAGUGGAGGAUGUGCCAGGAGAAUGGUACAAAAAUGGAGAGAGGAUACAACCCACCAGCACCAUCAAGAUCCGCCAGGAAGGGACUAAACAUUUUCUUCUUAUGUGCAAUGUGCGAGCAGAGGACUCUGGAGAGAUCAAGUUUGUCGCCAGACAUGUUGUAUCUCUCGCACACCUGAAGGUGGAAGAGCUUCCCCUCAACAUUGUAAAACCUCUGCAGGAUAAGACCGUCCUUGAGAAGACCCGCGUGAUCCUGGACUGCACGGUGUCUAACCCCAGAUGUAGCAUCCGCUGGUACAAAGGCAGCAGCGUCAUACUGCCCUCGGAGCGCUUUGAGAUCUGCAGUGAAGGCUGUUAUCGCAAACUGAUCCUCCAGCAGGUGGCGCUAGAUGAUGAGGGCACCUACAGUGUCCAGGUUGGAGAGCACACAUGCUCUGCGAAACUGACCGUGGAGGCCCAGUCCUUGUUGAUGGUCAGAGAGCUGAAAGACGUGGAGGUCACGGCCCCUGCAGAAGCCUGCUUUGAAUGUGAGGUGUCCGUCCCUGUCCUCAAAGCUCCUGUGUGGAGUCUGAACGGGGAGCCCUUGGAGCCGAGCUCUCGGGCACUCCUGGAGAAGAUGGGCACCGUCCAUAGGCUAACCCUCAGACAAACCUCCCGGGACAUGAGUGGAGCGGUGGAGUUCACCUCCGGGAAAGCGAAGAGCAGAGCCCAGCUUCGGGUGCUGAGUGAUCCCUGAGCGGCAUCUUCUGUCUGUCACCACCUAAUUGAUGUGGAUUGAUUGUUAUAUUGAUGCUUUCAAGUUGUAGCAUUGACAGUGCUUAUAUAUUUAGAUACAGUCUAUAAAAGGGGUUGAAACAGGGUUGUGAUGGAUUUUCUUUCAGUAUCUUGCCGUCAAGAAACAAGAUUUCUGUUCAUAUAAAAAUUGUUGUAGUGUGUGAAGAAAUUUCAUAGCAGUUCCUUUAUCAUAAUACAAAUUGCAGUUUGACUGUAAAUAAUGUCCUGUGUGAAAGUGUUGGGACUGUAACUGUGGUAUGAAGGUUGAGGCUGAAUGCGUAUCUGUGCCAAUAGAUAUCUGAUUUGCAUACUGUAAAAAUAAAAGGGCUUCAGUAGUGGGGUGAGUAAAUGGUUAGAUUGAUACAAGAACAUUCUAAGUUAAGAUUUCUACAUCGGUUGAAUGCAAUCCACCCAUAAUACAUGUGGUAUUAUAAAGUCUUUUCCAGACUCUUUGCUCCAGACGCCAUUUUGGUCCUUUGUAGAACUCUUUGAUACAUAUCUUCAGCCAGAACUGACUUAAAGACUAAAUAUGCGAUUCUGCUUUUUUUUUUUUUUUUUU